GAGAAUGAGUGGUGCUGGCAGGUGGCGCUGAUCAACUCCCUGAACCAGUACUUGUGCGGCGGUGCUUUGAUUGGGAAGCAGUGGGUCCUGACAGCUGCUCACUGUGUUACGAACAUUGUCAGGAGUGGAGAUGCGAUUUAUGUUCGCGUUGGCGACAAUGAUUUGACGAGCAAGUGGGGCAGUUCUGGCGCACAAACGCUUCGCGUUUCCACCACUUACAUUCACCACAACCACAACUCGGCCACGUUGGACAACGAUGUUGCUUUGCUGAAACUUCACAGCGAGGCGGAGCUGAGACCCGGGGUUUGUUUGGUGUGCUUGCCUGCGAGGGGUGUGGAGCGCCAGGCUGGGACUCGGUGCACAGUUACUGGCUAUGGCUACAUGGGCGAAAGUGGCCCCAUUCCAUUGAGGAUCAGAGAAGCUGAGUUACCAGUGGUUAGUGACAGUGAAUGCAUCAGGAAAAUUAAUGCUGUCACGGAGAAAAUCUUCAUCUUGCCUGCCUCCUCUUUUUGCGCCGGCGGCGAACACGGACAGGAUGCUUGCCAGGGUGAUGGAGGAGGUCCUUUAGUUUGUCAAGUGGAUGGGUUCUACGAAUUGGCAGGACUGGUUUCCUGGGGUUUUGGAUGCGGGAGGGAAGAUGUACCUGGGGUUUACGUAAAGGUGUCGUCUUUCAUUGGCUGGAUCAACCAAAUCAUUUCCGUGAACAAUGUUUGAAGGUGCUCAAGAGGUUGUGAGUGAAAGUAACUUAUUUUGAGUGACUGCUGUGCGUACAAAAACCCUUGUGAGAUGAUCAAUGGUGUGACCUCCAAGUUUUUUGUUGACACCCUGCAUGGACCGUUGUUGCCAAUGCUUGUUAUUUGUUUUGCCAAUUUACCAUGGAAUCUCUGAUGUUCGGCUGCUUGUUUGUUGCAGUAUUGAGCCAACGCUUGAACUGCUGGAUAUUUAUAAUGUUUUGGUGCCAUUUGAAGAAUUGAUCAGAGGAUUUUUGUUGAAGUUCAGGUAUCCGUGCAUUGGAAAAGUUAAAGCCUUAUUUUUUCAUUGCGUUGUUUUUUCCGUUUUAAAUCUUUGCAUGACGUUUUGACAUUUGAGAGGUUGUGGUUCCCCGACUAAGAAGUGUAGAAGGGUUCUCUUACAUGUUGUGACAGGUGAACCAGAGAUUGCAUUAAUUUUUCCUGGUAAUUCCAGGUUCGAACUGGUUUCGGGAAUUUUCUUUCAUCCGUUUUUUUUAUUUCACAGGUUGACUAUCACGUGGAAUGAUUUCAGCUGUGGAAUGUUGCUGUGAUGAUAGCUGGGAUACGCCAAUGACGGAAUGUGUUCAACACGAAUAUUUUUGACAUGAACAUUGUGAUACUGUAUUUGUAAGUGUUCUGUGAUUUUUAUGCUGUUGGUGCAAUAUAACUUUUUGUCUUAGUACUGUGGA